UUGAAAGUAUAAUAUUAUUAUCAUCGGCAACAUGUCAUCCGAAUCGGAAGAGCAGCAGCUGAGCAAGAAAGCCGCCAAAAAAGAAGCUGCCAAGCUGGAGAAGAUACGCCGCCGCCAGGAAGCCGCCGCCUUGGCCUCAGCGGCUUCUUCUCUCUCCGUCGAGGAGGAGGACCCCUAUUCCUCCAACUACGGUGACGUCACUCUCCCGGAGCUUAAAUCUUGCUCCAAACCAGAUGCUGGCAAUUGGAGCAUGGCAAUUUCUUCCAUGGACUGGACUCGUGUCGGAGCCCUUACCCAAGAGCUGAAGGAGAAGGAGGUGCUUAUAAGGGGACGAGUCCACACAACACGACCAGUGUCGAAGAAUAUGGCGUUCGUGGUGGUGAGGGAGAGGGGAUUUACCGUGCAGUGCUUGGUUGCUACGCAUGAAGCGGGAGUGAGUCGUCAGAUGGUGAAGUUUGUAGCUGCACUCAAUCGAGAAUCCAUCAUUGAUGCAAUCGGUAUGGUAUCUGUCCCUGGGAAUCCCAUCAAGGGAACCACCCAGCAGGUCGAGAUUCAUGUUAGAAAAUUGUAUUGUGUGAAUAAAGCUAUGCCUACCUUACCCAUUAAUGUUGAGGAUGCUGCUCGAAGUGAUGCUGAAAUUGAAGCUGCUUUGCAAGCCGGAGAUAAGCUUCCUCGUGUCAAUCAAGAUACACGAUUGAACUUUAGGGUUCUUGAUAUUAGGACCCCUGCUAAUCAAGGAAUUUUCCGCAUCCAGUGCCAAGUUGGAACUAUAUUUAGGCAAUUCUUGCUGUCUGAGGGUUUUGUUGAAAUCCACACCCCUAAGCUGAUAGCUGGCUCUAGUGAAGGUGGUUCUGCUGUUUUUAAGCUAGACUACAAAGGGCAACCUGCGUGUCUGGCACAGUCCCCUCAACUUCACAAGCAGAUGGCGAUAUGUGGGGACUUUGGACGGGUUUUCGAGGUUGGCCCCGUUUUUAGAGCUGAGGAUUCCUACACUCAUAGGCAUUUGUGUGAAUUUACAGGGCUUGAUGUUGAAAUGGAGAUCAAGAAGCAUUACUCUGAGGUGAUGGACAUUGUGGACCGAUUAUUUGUUACCAUGUUUGAUAGUUUGAAUGAGAAGUGUCGGAAGGAACUUGAAGCUGUAGGGAAGCAGUAUCCCUUUGAACCUCUGAAGUACAAGCCAAAGACCCUGCGACUUACAUUUGAAGAAGGAAUUCAGAUGCUUAAGGAUGCUGGUGUGGAAGUUGACCCUCUUGGGGACCUUAAUACAGAAGCAGAGAGAAAAUUGGGCCAGCUUGUUUUGGAGAAGUAUGACACUGAAUUUUAUUUGCUGCAUCGCUAUCCUUUGGCUGUGAGGCCAUUCUACACCAUGCCUUGCUAUGAUAAUGCCCUUUACAGUAAUUCAUUUGAUGUCUUCAUACGAGGUGAGGAGAUAAUUUCUGGAGCUCAGCGUGUCCAUGUACCAGAAUUUUUGGCAGAACGUGCACAGGCAUGUGGAAUUGAUGUCAAUACAAUCUCAACCUAUAUUGAUUCUUUCAGAUAUGGUGCACCACCACACGGUGGGUUUGGAGUGGGAUUGGAGCGUGUGGUGAUGCUCUUCUGUGCUCUGGGUAACAUUCGUAAAACUUCACUUUACCCUCGUGACCCUCAAAGAAUCACUCCAUGAUCAUGAUAGAGCAGAGUUUCUGCCAAUGCAACUCUUGGAUCUUCUCCUAAGUUCGAUGUGUUAUUUGGAUAGAAUCAAAAGAAUCUUAUUUCUGCUUUUUAUCUUUAAAAAUUGGCUAGUUUGUUUUCCCAGCACACUCUUCCUUUGUUUACUAAUUGUUAUGUUUUGACUUUUGAGACGUGUUUAGAAUAAGCCGAGCCUAAAACAGUUUAUUGAAUUUUAAAGAAA